AUGUAUGCUCUCCCGACUGGCUGGAGUGGUCCCUCGUUUGUGCUUUCGAACAAUUAUCCCAGAGAUGCACCCGGAGCGUCGACUUCCGGAACGACGCUGCCCCCACUCCCUGAUCCCUCUACGCCUAUACGGUCUCCUGACCCAACCGCGGAUGCACCUUGGCUUGCCAUUGACUUUCGCACUGAUCCCAUCGGUUACUGCAAUAUGAUCAAGGAAUAUUGCUGGGAGGGAAACGUGAACAAUGGCUUUGCUGUUCAACGCAAUCCGACCUGGGCAUGUGGAUACUACAACGCCGCGGGGGCAACCGUUUUCGGUCAGAUUUGGGCAAAUCCCGACAAACCAGACUGGUCGCAUAGCGUCCAGUUUCCUAUCGGGACCUGCGUAUUCAAGAUCCUUCUCAGUGACGCGACGGAUCAGGAGGUUCCAUCCAUGGCGGGUGCGCCUGGGCUCCAAGUUAUGAUUGCGCCUACUCAAGCUGAUCCUCUCAACGCACCUGCCGAUCCAUCUACGAGGAAUAAUUACGAUUCGACACUCCGCCUGUUCCAAGUAGAUUUUGCAGUACGCGACAAAAGCUCCGAAAAUGGAUGGGUCUUUGGUACUUUUAUGUACAACAGUAACCUCAAGGAUCCCAAUGUAAGUGCUAACCGUGUACAUGAACCAGGAGCUUAUUCGCAUAGGCGUGGGAAUCGUCUUACUCCUGUUGGACGUAUGUGGGGGAACGACGAGAAACUGAACCAAGCGGCAUAUGAUGCUGGUGAGCGGGUCAAAGAGUCCUGGAUCAAUCCCGUAGCGGAGAAGAUUAGAAGGGGCCUCGGCGGCAAGAGGCCGAGCUGGGGAUGGAAUGGCCGACUCAACGGAUCUGCCGACAACUUUAUCUCAUCCUGCGCGUCCUGCCACUCCACUGCACAAAUGGACCAAAGCAAACCUCUGUCAUCCGUCGUAUCCAUGACACCCCCAUCCCCUGUAUUCCGAAACGGUCGAUACGUCUCUGUAAACGAUAAGGGCACUAUGGAUUGGUUCAGGAACUUUCCUGCUGGAACUGCAUUCUCGGCAAAUAAGAUCAGUUCCAGCACUCUUGUCUCGGGUGACUACUCCCUUCAGCUCAUGAUUGGCUACGGCAACUAUCAAAGAUGGAAGAGACAGAAUCCUACCACUACCACGGGUCGUAUCGUCCCCCAGAUGAAGAUGAUACCUCGAAAAGUCUUUGGCUUUAAGCGCGAGGGUGAAGAGGGCUUCCCGCCGAGACAAGGUCCCGAUAUCCGGUUUGACAAGGAAGAGUAG